AAAUCAGUUUACUCUCGAGAUCCCAACCGGAGGCAUCGACUUUGUCGCCACAUUCUUGGUGUGUCUCUUCACUCAGCAAAGCAACUGCAGAGAAGUCGUUCUGUGCCGCAGUGUUCUCUUGUGAGAUUUACAGUUCCGAUUAGCUUUGGCUUGUGGAUAGACACUCUUGUCGACUUGUGUGCUGGUGUGCAAAGGGGACGUUUUAAGACAGUGAUUGACGGGAGAUCCUUGCAAAUUGUGCUGACCUCGAGGAGUCGUUCAAAUACUCGUCUGCGUGUGGAUCAAACAUUUCACGAUGAAUUUCUUCCUGAUUUGCUGCCUGGCCGUGGCCUCGCUCUCGAUAUUCCCCACCAAGACACAGUGUGCCCCCGAGAAGCACGAUCUGGAGGCGUCAGUGGGUGAGAUUUGGCAGGAGGACGACCAUGAGGUGCUCAUAAGGAAUCAGCGAGGCACGAAGAACAUCAGCGGAGCCGCUGGUGUGUCCGGUAAGAGAGAGAAGCUGAGCAAAGUUAGUAGAAAGCAGGACAAACAGAAAGAUGCGCUGUCCAGUGAGAAACAGAUGCAGAGAUCCUGCCGGUACGUGAAGAGCGCCUGGACUGAGUGCGAUGCCAAGACAAAUCAACGAUCACGAACACUGACACUGAAGAAGGGCGAGGAGGGAUGCGUCCAGACCCGAACAAUCCAGAAGAAGUGCAAGAAGGCUUGUCGCUACGAGAAGGGCGCCUGGUCAGAGUGCAUAGCCGGCAAAAUGUCGCGCACGGACAAAUUGAAGGCCACCAGCGAUGCUGCCUGCGAGUCCACUCGAGUGGUGAACAAGAACUGCAAUCCGGGGAAGAACAGCAAGGGUGGCGAGAAGAAUGGAGCCAACAAGGAGCAGCGCCAGAAGAACAUCAAGGAGAAAGGCGGACGCAAGAGUCGCGCUUAAGAUUCUUCACAAGUCACACAACGUCUCAAGAUGAUUAAAGUUUUUUGGAAAUUGCGUUGAGUUUCACGAGAGAGAGAGAGAAAGGAAAACCUGCCAAUCUGGAGAAAACCACCAAGGAAAAAAGCAACAGUUGAGAAAGGGAAAUUCUACAGGAAAUUUGAGCCCAACAGAGAUUUGAUGAUGAUUUAAAAAAGGCGAAAUGGUGUUUUAUAGCUGAUUUUUUCAUUCUUUGCAUAAACCGGUGAAAAAAAAAGAUAUUGUAAAAUUUUAUCAGUGUAAUUUUUUGUACAAAAAAAAGAAAUAAGAGGUGACAAAAGAGCCGACGAAAGUGGGUUUUUGGAAA